AUCUGGUCCUUCGGCUCACCCUACAAGCUUCUACGAUAGUGGUACUUCGACAUCAUCAUAACCAAACAACCAACCCUCCCAGGACGCUUCACACAAUGUCAUCCCAACUGUCAGAUGCCCCGGCAUCUUCUACUAAGUCACCUCCCUCUCCUCGCUCCAAGAACCAAUCCAACCCCUCCAUAACCGAACCCAGUUCGUUCCCAAAGCUACACCGGUCACAUCACCACCAUCACCAUAUCCACCGGCAUCACGCGAAAGACACACACUCCGCGCAUUCAAACCCACGGUCUAGCGCCUCACUCAUGGGUGCGGAGAUGGACGGGUCAAAAAGCGAGGGCGUAACGCCCAUACACAGCCAGAACCCUAGCCGGCGAGCGAGCGUUCUGGGCACGAGUCCAGAAUUAGAAGGCAUGCUGCUGAGCUGGAAGGCCGAGCGGAAGAAUGUCAAGGAAAUUGAAGUGAGGGAGGAGAAGGAGAGGGGAAUUCUGAGAUCUUCGGAGCUGCGCAAUGCGUUAAUGGACCUGAAUACGCUGUCAAAUAACACAACGAGGAGGCUGGAUAAUACAUAUUAUUCAGUGCUAGAGAAGCUAAGCGUGCUGCAAGGCAUGAUUACGAGUCUGCAGGAGCUGGCGAAGAUGACGAGGUCGCUGAAUGAGGAGUUUAAGGUGGAAGCUAGUAAGGUAGUGGAGGAGGUCGAGGGUUCUUUGGCUGGAUUCCAAGAGUUUGAGGGUCAGCAGAAGCAGAUUGAGGGCCUGGGAGAGCGCGUUAAGGCGGGUAGGGGGAGGAUCAGGGCUCUAACAGCUAGGGUCGACGUGGUGCGGGAACGAGUCGAGGGGUGGGAAAAGGCGGAAGAGGAGUGGCAGGACAGGGCGCGGAAAAGAUUUAGGGUGCUUUGGGUGGUCAUGUCCAUUGCCGCGGCGAUCUUCAUUGCGUUCUCGAUCUUUCAGUAUACGCCUGUGAGAACCCAAGAGCCGGGCGCGCUGAAAGGGAUGAAUGUCUCAGACAUUAUGAUAGCAUCACCUGAGCUGCUGGAGAAGAUCCGCAACGGGACUUGGAGCUUGAAGAGGAAUGCUGCGGAUUCAUUGAAGAAGAUGCGGGAUGGGGGUACGGAACAGGAAGGAUUGGAUGAGGACCCAAGAUUACGACUGUUGGAUGAGCUAUGAAUCUUUCCUUACGAUGACCCGAUGAAUGUGAUGGGUUACAGUUACCCGGAUAUCCAGGGAGACACGAAUACAUUGUUCAGA